UUUAGGCUUGCUGAGCUGAGCUGAUUCAUGAGACUGUGCUUGAUGCUAGUGCAGUGCUGAGCAAUGGAUGAUAUUUCAACCUGGAGAGCUCGAAUUGGUCUCUAUUGUAUCAGGCUGCGCAGUAGAGGCCUGAAGAAUAGGUCACCCAGGUCUUCUAGAUCUGCUCCAAGAGGAGGGCUUUAUAGUGAUGGAACUGGAACACUUAUUGUGGUGCUGGGCUUGUUGCACAUUGCAGUGAUCUUAUUAUCAUUGUUAAUAUUGUCUGGAGAUGUUGAAUUGAACCCUGGUCCUGGUAAUACACCAGAUAAAGAAACAGGUAAAGGAAUUGUUUUAAGUCUCACAAACUUGAAAGACGUCAUCAAUCAGUUGUGGGAUGCUCGUACUGAAUGGUUCCAGAUGGGAGUUAAUCUUGGGCUGAAACCAGUGGAUCUGAAAGCCAUUGAAAUGAAGCAUCGAGCUAGUCCUGACUUGAGUUUUCAAGAUAUGUUAGAAGUUUGGUUAAAGAGUAUCGAAAAUCCAACUACGUGGAAAGACCUUUCAAAUGCUUUACAUGCUGUUGGAAUGGUUAGAAUGGCUACCGAGAUCGAGAGAAAAUACAAUAUCAUUCCCUUGAAAGAAAUAGGUCCCAUAGUCGAAGAUCAUGUAGAACAUCUAAUAAGCUCAGUGCGAGAGAUAUUUCAUUUGCCAAUGGACGACUGGUUUGAAGUUGGGCUGAAACUUCAGCUUAGUGAGGAGACUCUUAAGCAGAUUGAGAGAGACUAUUCCCAACAUGAAAGGAGGAAAACAGACAUGCUAUCAAGAUGGUUUCAGUCCCACCCAGAUGCAUCAUACGAAGAGCUGAUAAAAGCUCUUGCUUCAACUGGUAACAAGUCUGUGGCUGAGGAACUUUGUUCCAAACAAGGUAUUCUAGCAGAAUUGGCAAAAUGUGAAUUUAUUUCAAGUUGUGUAAAGGAGUACGCUAGAUACCUUAAAGAAAUGUACUUGAGUGAGCCUAUUAUGCAAGAAGAUCCAUGGCCGCCUCCUCCAAGUGAGAAAUUCACUAAACUUACUCUUAUUAUUAAAGACCAAAAAUGGAAACGAUAGCAAUGAGCAAAUAGAUUUGGAAAAUAUUUUCAAAGGCUUGGAGAAACCUUUUAAGAUACUCAUAGAUGGAGAUCCUGGCUCAGGAAAGUCAACUCUGUGUAGGAAGAUUGUUCAUAACUGGUCUAAAGAGCAAACGGCUCAAGAUUUUAACUUAACUGUUCUCAUCCCUUUAAGAGAUCCAGAGAUAGUUAACUCAAAUAGAAUCGACGAUCUCUUCUACCACGAUGAUUCUGAUCUUCAAAUGAAAGUAGUGGAGCAUGUUAGGAAAAAUCAAGGUGCUAAUGUUCUCCUCAUAUUUGAUGGCUAUGAUGAGCUUUCUCACAAACAAAGAACGAAACACUCACCAUUUUUACAAAUUUUGCAAGGAAAAAAACUAGCGAAAUGCUCUGUACUUGUAACUUCCCGCCCUUAUGCCUCACAAAAAAUAGAGAGCUUGCAUACUUUAAGUAUACACGUUAAAUUAUUAGGGUUUAGUGAAAAUGACAUCAUGAGCUGUAUUUCUUCAUCGAUACAUGGCGAAGAAGGAAAUAAACUGCAGAAUCUGUUAUGUUUUGAAAAGCUUGAGCUACUAAAAGUUUGUGAGAACCCUUUAAUUUGUGCCAUCAUCAUUUUUGUGUAUAAACAAGAGAAGUAUGACUUACCACUAACCCUCACCGGAACUUACGAACAUUUUAUUUCAAAUGUUCUCACCAGGGAAGCAGACAUACAAGGCAUCGAAUGUAAAUCAAUGCUCGAACCAGACCUUUUAAAUGUGUGCAAGCUUGCAUAUGAGAAUAGUUUUAAUGACAGAGUUGUACUUGAGGAUGAAGAAGUCAGAAAACUCAUUGGUCAAAAUUUUAAAUCACUAGGACUACUCACCGCAUCUAAAGGCUUCAUGAGUCGUGGCCGAAAACUGAAUUAUGCUUUCACUCACCUGACGGUACAAGAAUAUCUAGCUGCUAAAUGGAUUUACGAAACACUGUCCCCCUUGGACGCUAGUAAUUUCUUAGCUUGUAAUGUGAUGGAUGAUCGCCUUAGGUACACACUGCUUUUCCUAGCUGGUCAAUCCAAACUACAUCAUCAUUGUUAUGAACAUGUCAUUUGUGACAAACAGUUAGAUUUGUGCAUGUUCGAGGAAACAACAGAUCAUAAGGCAUUUGUAACAAAAAUAAUGUUGAUAUAUGAAGCUCAGAAUACUGUGUUAUGCCCUCUUUUAUCAUCAUUGAUUAAAGGGCGAGUACUAAAGAUAAUGGCAUCUGGACUUAAUGAGAAGUUAUCCGCUUCUUUAGCUUUCUUCAUUGACAAGAGUUGUUGUACGUGGGAGGUCAUUAAUCUGACGCUCAUUCAUUCAAAUUUUGUCCAGUUCGUGAGGAAUUUUAAAAGCACUAACGAGUUGACAUCUGUAAAAAGCCUUGUUCUAAAUCACCAACCCAUUCUCACGGACUAUGGCUACUGUACUAUUAAUCACAUAAAUAUAUUGCUAUGCCAACAUGCGUUCUGUAAUGUAAACAGCUUGUCAGUUACCAGUCCAGUUGAUGAAAAUGAAUGUGCAGACCAGCUGGAUGUUCGGGACAAAAAAAUGUUAGCAACGGUAUUAAGAAUUCUAAUAAUGAUGGGGAAAAUACAACAUUUAUCUCUACAAGGAGUAGUUGGUGCUACCUAUCGUUUACUACAGCUUCAGGAUUUAAUCGCUGAUAACAUGAAUUGUCUUGAGUCUCUGGAUAUUAAGUCAUCUGAGCACCGCCUAGAAAUAUUUGUGGCAUUGGGCUUUGCAGCACGUGAACGUUUGCAAUUAAUGAAAAGUAUGUCAUUGCAAGUAGAUCUACGUCUCCCAGCUGAAAUAGAACAUGAAGUUGACACAGUAUUAAGAUUUACUGUCACAGAAACCUUUUUUAACCUUGAAUCUCUCAUUUUAAGAUCAUGUUUUAAUACAAAGGGUCCCUUGGAUUUUAGUUCCAGCCCAACAUUAUCUCAAUUGUUAUAUGGGAUCGCUAUGAAUCGUACUUUACAGAGGGUAACCCUAGGAGAUAUGGAUAUUGAUCCAGAAGGUGUGUCUUACAUUCUUCAAAACAACCACACAUUACACACAUUUAAUCUCGUCUUUGUUGAGCUGACCAAAGAACUGAUUUCCUCACUAAGCUGUGGAUUAAAGAAAAAUAAAAGCUUAAGAAAUCUUUGUAUUAUAGAUUCUCAAAAUCAAACUGUUGGAUCAACCGUUGCUGCAUUUAUGGCUGCAUUUUCCGCUGCAUCAUCACACAUUAACAAUGACUCAGAUUGGGACUCAGAUUCAGAAAUGGAUAUCGAAGCAAAACUCAAAAAUCCCUAUCAUCUUCUUCUGGAUUCAAUUGUUACCAGUAGAUUGCAGUCAGUAAUACUAGAUUUUGAACCCGGAAAGUUCUCCUUUAAUUCUGCUAAAUUCUUUAAGCAUUUAAUCCGAAUGCUCAUCAAGGACAAAACUAUAACACAAUUCACUCUAAAUGACUCGUGCUACUCUGAAGAACAUCUAGCUGAAAUUGCUCGAGCUCUUGUGAUAAAUGGGGGAAAAAAUGAAAUUGAUUUCACACUUGGGAAUAGUCUAACGCCGUCUAUUUAUUCCAGAAGUUCUCUUUCACCAAUCAUAUCAGCAAUGACUGAAAAUAGACGUGUUGGGGAUGAUAAAAUCCCUAUAGUACAAGACCAAGAGUUGCUAAUUCAACAAAAAGUGGACGACUUUAAGGAAAUUAUGUUGAAAAACAUGCUAAAGACACUUGUGUUUAUUUUGGCCAUACGUAAACAAAAACAAGAUAGAAUUUUAGAACAAAUAAGCAUUAGUUUGUUAACGUAUUCUAUUCUGAAAGUUCUUCAUAAACGCAUCCACAGACAAACGGUAUUCCUCGACAUGUGGAAAGAAACGAGGAUGCUAAGAAGUCUGCUGAACACUCUCUCAUUCAUUCUAAUGCUGUGUAAACAGAGACAACAAGUAUUCCUUGAUACCCUUAGAUACCAUGCCAUGUACAUUCCAGAAUAGAUCAUUAAAAAUUGUAUUCUAAACAACACUGUUGAAUGUAUAAUUAGUUUGUCUUUGGAGGUGUGUCCGGCUGGUU